ACAUAGAGUCGGUAGUUGCAUGUGCAGAUGCAGAUCGGCGGCAAAAGCCAUCGAGAAGGAUACAGCGAGUUCUUGAACGGCUCCGAAUAUUUUAAGAUGUUGAACACCGAUUAAAGGGCAAAGAUGUCCAUUCAAGACUUGACCAUCGCUUUGAUGAACACGGAAUUAUCGGACAAAUCGGCAUCGGCACCGUCUACACCCACGAAAAGCAACAAACUCGUUCAUGGGGGAUCGCUCGACUUGUUAACAAAAGGAAAGGGAAGAAGAGUUACGUUUCCGGCUGACGAUCUAAUCGUCAGCGGAUAUCUGGAUCCUCCGGACCCUUGGGUCAAAGUAUCCGAAACGGAAUCCCUAAUUGCAGCUUACAAGACAGCUUGUGCCAAACACGCAGUGAAACCCGUCUCCAGGAUUCUUUAUCAACUUCAAGAUAUCAAAUCAUUUGAAAGCAGAGAAUCAGAUUUAAAUUUGAGAGGGGAACAUCUAGAUUCCUGGCAAUGCGAAACUCUAGAAGAAAUAUUUAAAAGAAUUCAAUUCAACAAAGUGGAUUUUGAAGCAUGUCAAUUAGAUGACGAAGGUUCUGCUGCUGUUUUUGAUAUGAUUGACUAUUAUGAAUCUGCAUCGGAAUUAAAUAUAUCUUUUAAUAGAAGUAUUGAUUACAGAGGUUGGCAAGCAUGUGCAAGGAUGUUGAAAAAGACAACAUGUCUUCAUUACUUGGAUGCGAAAGGUACAAAACAAAAUGAGCAAACAUUAUUAAUACUUGGAAGAGCAUUAAGAACAGGAAAUAAUUUGGUAACUUUACACAUGGAAAACUGUGGUCUUACAGGAAGACCACUUGUUAUUCUAGUGGCAGCUAUCAAAUUGAAUAAUACUCUACAAGAACUAUACAUAGGUGAAAAUAAAAUUAUAGCUGCAGAUGGUAUACAAUUAGGAAACUUGCUCCAGGCUAACAGUACUUUAGAACUUCUUGACUUAAGAAACAACAAUUUACAGGUAGUAUUUUUAUAAAAAGUAUAAUAUAUAAUUCAUAAUCGAUGUGCUUAUAAAUAAAACAUAACAUCUUCGCAAACAGUAAUACUGUAUUAUU